UCCGUCCCGGGUCGAUGGUCGCGGCUCAGUCCGGAGAGUGAACCUCCUCCUCCUCCAUCAUCCUGCAGCAGCAUGUCGAACGCGGACCGGGUGGUGUUGGCCCUGGGGGGAGCGGGGACUGUGGGCUCCGGGGUCGUGAAAGCGCUGCUGGAUAAAGGGUUUAAAGUGGCAGUGAUCUCCAGGGACAGCAGCCGGCUGGAGAGACUCAGAGAGUUCAUCUCCCCCAACACGAAGGAAAACCUCACCACUGUGGUGGGCGACGUGGGGUCGGAGGAGGGGGCGGAGCAGGCGAAGCGGUCGCUGCUGGAGGUCGUGGGGAAGGUGACGGACGUCGUGUCCUCUCUGGGCUUCAGCUGGUGGCAGGGAGGACCCCCCCACACCCAGUCCCUCAAGGAACUACAGUGGGUAAUGGAGACUUUACUUUUCAGCACGUUUGUGUCCUGGAAGACCUUCUUCCCCCUGGUGAGGGACGACUCCAGCUGCACCUACACCUUCGUGACCGGGGGAGCAGGAGAGAGGCUGCUGAUGCCCGGGACAGGCUUCCUGACGGUGGGCGCCGCCAGCGCUCUGGCCUUCUGCCAGGUGCUGCGGGAGGAGUACCCCGACCUGCCCUGUAAACUCAACCAGGUGAAGAUCAACACGGGCGUGGCCACUCCGGAGCGCAUGGCCCCCGGAUACCUGAACCACCUGGACCUGGGCGAGGCCGUUUCCACCCUGGUGGAGAAGCGGAACUCCUCCCACAUGGUCUUCACCAUCAGCUGCCCCGCGGACCUGAACACCGUCCUUCUGGAGAGGAACCUCUAGACCUGGAAACGCUUCAUUCACACUCCCGUCUCUCACUGAACUCUCUCUCUUUGGUCCAUUUGUUCUCUUCUGAACAACUCGAUGUGCCCGGUAUAUUCUUUCUACUAACACUGCGUCCUGCUCCCAGUUCUUAGAUCAUCAGCAUCAAGUGUUGUUCUUUGCAUGUACCGUCGUGUGAUGAUCGGAUUUACAAGACUCACCUUCUCAUCGUUGCACAUUUCUCUCUUAUCCAUCUUCACUAGACGUGAUCCGCGAUAUAACACCACAUUCUCUCUACGGAUCUGCAGAACACACAUAUAGUUUAAUAAAAGUAGAUCUGCGAAGGCCGAAUUGUUGGUGCGAGCAAGUUGCUUCCUUACAGUCUUUUGAACAAGUGGUCUACAACACACAGGGUGUUUGGUCGUAGAUGAUCAUCUACAAAUCUGGAUUUAAAGACGCUCGUGGAGUUUCUGACCAUAUAUAAAGGCGAUGACCACGAUUAAAGCUAAUCCACUGAACGACAUGUGAACAUUGCAGAUUGUGAAGACUUUAAGGAACUGAAGGAAUAACGCUCAAGUGACCAGAUUCUGGGGACUGAUGCCGAAAGUCUUAAAAAGCUGGAGACGUUGACGAUGUUGAAGACUUAUAGCAUUAAGAAAUUGAAAUAUUCUGAAUUUACAAAAAGCUGAAAUAUGCAGAGUUUUGAAUUCAAAUACCAAUAAACAAGGAAUGUUCCAAUCCA